AUGGGCGGAUCAGAGAGCCGGGCUCCGGCAUGGCUCGAGGACAUUACGCUCGACGAGCGGUUCGUGCUGGCGGUCGACGAGGUGCCCCAUGCGCAGCUCGCCGUGUACGACGCGCGCCUCGUGCGGCGAGGGACAGCGGCGCUUGGCGGCGAUGGCGCGGUGUCGAUCGCGGCCGUGCGCACCAAAGACGGCGCGCAGGUCUACGUCGCAAACUAUGACUCGGGGUCCGUGUCGGUCGUGGACCUCUUGCCUGAUGGCGCGCUUGGCGCGGCGCACGUUAUCCGCUUCACGCGAAGCGGUACAGGGCCGGUGUCCGCGCGCCAAGACAAGUCGUACGCGCACCAGGUCAUGCCCGCGCCGGACGGGCGCCACGUCUAUGUGUGCGACCUCGGUGCGGACCGUAUCCAUAUCCUCCGAGUCGGCGCGCAUGCCGCCGAUGCGAAGCAUGUCGACUCGGUGGCGGUGCGCGAUGGGAGCGGCCCUCGCCAUAUCGCAUUCGACGGGGACAUGGCGUACGUCGUGAUGGAGCUCUCGCUCGAGGUCCAGGCGUACGUGCGAGACGCGUCGGGCAUGCUUGUGCCCCAAGGCCUCCCGGUGGCAGCGUGCGCCGGCCCUGGCGCGCGGACGCUCGCCGAGAUUGUCGUGGCCCCCCAGCGCGUCUAUGUGAGCAGCCGCGGGGACCCUGUCGAGGACCACAUCGGCGUCUUUUGCCGUGCACCCAGCGGUGCGCUCUCUCACCUGCAGUGGCAUCCGAGCGGCGGGCGUGUUCCGCGGCACUUUUCCGCGAGCGCCGACGGCCGCUACCUUGCGGUGGCGAACCAAGGCAGCGAGACGCUUGCGAUCCUCGACGCCGAGCGCCUGGCGGUCCUCGCGCAGCACCGCGUAGGUCCGAUCAACUAUGCAGGAUUUCACUAG